AGAAAUUCACCUUCCAAACAAAACACAGAUCUUUGUUAUUUAUAUAUCUAUCCUUCAUCAAAUCACAAUGGAAGAAUCAAACAUCAUGCAACAAAACAACGUUCCUGCUUCUCCAAAACCGACAACAACAUCUUACAUAGGUGUUCGAAAGAGAAAAUGGGGAAAAUUCGUGUCAGAAAUACGAGAGCCAGGUAAGAAAACCAGAAUAUGGUUAGGAAGCUAUGAAGAGCCACAAAUGGCAGCAGCAGCAUAUGAUGUAGCAGCUUUUCAUCUCAAAGGUCGAUCCGCGAGGCUCAAUUUUCCUGAGUUGGUUGAGAAGCUUCCAAUGCCAGCAAGUUCUAAGGGUGAGGAUAUUCGUGUAGCAGCUCAACAAGCAGCAUUGCAGUUCAAGAAGAGGCCAAUAUCAGAAGGGGGUGUCAAUAGCAAUAGCAAUAGCAAUGGCAAUGGGAAUGGAAAUGGAAGUGUUGAUGUUCCUGCAGUGAGGGUAGGGCUUUCACCUUCUCAAAUUCAAGCUAUCAAUGAGUGUCCUAUGGAUUCACCAAACAUGUGGAUGCAAAGGACAGAAGCAGCACUCAUGUUUGGAUCAUUGGAAUUUGAUGAAUCUAGGAAUUAUGAUGUUUUUGAGUUGAGUGAUUGGGAAGAAAUUCAGUAUGAGUCAUUGUGGGACUAGUUCAUUAUUUAUUCAAGAGGUAUAGUACUAGAUUUAUUUAAUUAUAAUAAUUAAUUCAUGUACCCUCUAUUUAGGGACCAAUAUAUUAAAGCAUCGUAUUGUAUAAGCAAGACUUAUUCAA